AAAUAGGUAGCCCCCAUGGCCGCAAGCUUAAGCAAAGCUUACAAGACAACUGCCCUGAACACCCUCGGUCAGAGACAGACAAGAGAGAGAGCUUCAGAGAUGGCCUCCAGCUCCAAGCAGCAGCUGCAGGCUCCUGCUCUCCUCUUGGUGGCAGCUCUGCUCUUCCUCGUCUGCGCUACAAGGGUCCAGGCAGCAAGGCCGCUACCAGGAUCGAAGGACCACAUGCCGCAGCUCGCUGUCGCCGCGACCGUAGCUGGCGACGAGAAGAGUGGUUCGGGGCCCGGGAUGGAAAUUCAUCGAGCAGAGCCUGAGGCGAUGGAGGGGUGCGAGGGGGAGGUGGAAGGGGAGGAGUGUCUCAUGAGGAGGACACUGGUUGCUCACACCGACUACAUCUACACCCAGGGCAAGCACAACUAGUCACCAGUGUGCAGGCUCACGCGCCGAACAAUGAAGUUCAGAAGAAAAGAAUUUCGCAUGGUCCACGAGCUAGCUUUGCUGAAGUUCUGCAGUUCUGUCAGCUGUGGAUCAUAUCUUCGUAUGUGCCCUAGUAGCCCGUGCGAUUUCCAUCUGUUUCUCGAGCUCAUGUAUUUGUACGACCUGGAAUUGUAUCCCUCAUCUUGGGCUUGAGACGCUAAAUGGAAAUCCUAUACUAUUAUAUUGUAUGCUCAUUGUAAAUACUGAAUCAGCAAGAGUAGUCCUGUGCUUCAGUUGUAAGAAACUCUGGUUGUUUCCAUUUUCUUUUA